GCACCGGGUGGCUGAUAGGAGGGGUUGGAGUGAGUGACGCUGGCUGCGCCUUGAUGCUGAGCGGAGCGCUCACCUGCAGACGAGAAGAGCCGGGGAAAACUCGGGACAGAGCUGCAGCACACACUCACGGAGCGCAGGGUGAAACGCAGCGAACAGUCUGACCGAAGUGGGAGAGGAAAUUAAACAAUCACCGAGGAAGAACCGCGGAGCGACCUUCUUUUCUUUUCUCUCUCUCCUGUUCCUUGUCCAGGCAGCUUUGACUCGCUUUUACUCGUCACAAUGAGGACUGACUUCGCAGUGGUCCUGACAACAGCUCUUCUUUUUGAUACAAUUUGGAGGAAUAAUGGGGAGCACGCCUCCCAAGGUCCCUGUCGACCUGGCUUCUCGCAAAGCUUCUACUUCGUCCAGAUAUCGAGGGAUGUACUGCAAGGCCAGGGCGUACUUAAAGGUACUCCAGUAUCACCGCAAAAAGUGAAGUUUGACGACUGCAUGGGGAAUGAGGCCGUGGUUUUCCAGAGCACCGACCCGGUCUUCAACGUCCGGACAGAUGGAUCCAUCUUUGCCAAGGGACAGGGAGCCAGCUUGGAUGAGACAGUUCAGUUUAAAGUGACAGCGCGUGGCCCUCACACAAAUGUCUGGGAGACUGUGGUUCAACUGACCCUGAUUGACCUGUCGUCAUCAGGGCAAAAUGAAAAUGAGGUCACAGAGGAAGCAGGGAACAUCAGUGAGCAAAACAAGAAGAAGGACGCGUCGCAGGCACCAACUCCUGUCAUCAUGUUCCCAGGGUCCCACGUCAACAGCACCAGGGGUCUCCGAAGGCAGAAGAGAGACUGGGUGAUCCCACCAAUCAACGUUGCAGAAAAUUCUCGUGGACCAUUCCCUCAGAUGCUCGUCAGUAUUCGUUCCGACCAAGACCAGAACAUUCCAAUCCGAUACAGCAUUACUGGGGUGGGAGCAGAUCAACCACCCAAUGAGGUGUUCAGCAUCGACCCUGCGCUCGGAAAGAUGUUUGUCACCAAACCUCUGGAUCGAGAACAUCGAUCUUCUUAUCAUCUGCGGGCCCAUGCAGUGGACAUAAAUGGGAACCAGGUCGAGAAUCCGAUUGAUCUGUACAUCUUCGUUAUCGACAUGAAUGACAACAGACCAGAGUUCAAAAACCAGGUCUACAAUGGUUCUGUGGAUGAAGGUUCUAAACCAGAUACUUAUGUAAUGCAUCUAUCUGCAUUUGAUGCCGAUGACAACACCACAGCUAAUGGAAUGGUGCACUAUCGGAUCCUGUCCCAGACACCGCACAGCCCCAUCCCUAACAUGUUCACCAUCAAGAGUGAGACGGGGGACAUUACGACAGCGGCGCCUGGACUCGACAGAGAGAAAGUGUCCCAGUACACCAUCAUUGUGCAAGCCACAGACAUGGAGGGAAACCUCAACUUUGGCCUUUCCAACACAGCCACUGCCAUCAUCACUGUCACGGACAUCAACGAUAACCCUCCCAUGCUGACCUCAGGAACUUUUUCUGGCGAGGUCCCAGAGAACACAGUGGAUGUUGCGGUGGCUAAUCUGACUGUAAUAGAUGCUGACCAGCCUCAUUCUCCUAACUGGAACGCCGUUUACAGGAUCAUCAGUGGGGACCCAACUGGGCACUUUACCAUCCGCACUGAUCCCAUUUCCAAUAACGGCAUGGUCACCGUGGUGAAGCCAGUCGAUUUCGAGAUGAACCGGUCCUUCAUGCUGACAGUGGUCGUGUCAAACCAGGCCCACCUGGCCAGCGGCAUCCAGUCUUCACUCCAGUCGACUGCUGGAGUCAUCAUAUCUGUGAAGGACGUCAACGAGCCCCCUUACUUCCCCACCAACCCCAAACAGAUCCGAUUCGAGGAAGGCGUUCCUACUGGCACCAGCCUGACCACUUUCUCAGCCUCAGAUCCUGACAGACUCCAGAUGCAACAGAUAAUCAGGUAUUCAAAGCUGAACGAUCCCGCAAACUGGCUGUCUAUUAACAGAACCAGCGGUCAGAUUGUAACAACUGGAAUGCUCGACCGGGAGUCCGUCUACGUAAAAAACAACAUAUACGAAGCUACUUUUCUGGCUACAGACAAUGGCUCUCCUGAAGCCAGCAGCACAGGCACAUUGCAGAUCUAUUUGAUAGAUAUUAAUGACAACCCCCCGGCGCUCGUACCAAGGGAGUCUCAGAUCUGCGAAAGGAUGAACAAAAACGUCAAUGGUGUCAACAUCACUGCCGCCGAUGCUGACACGGAUCCCAAUGCUGGACCCUUUGUUUUCGAGCUGCCCAACUUCCCCAGCAGCAUCCGACGCAACUGGACCAUUGCACGGAUCAAUGGUGAUUAUGCCCGUCUCGCUCUUCGGUACCAGAUCUACUUAGAACCAGGAAUGUACGAGGUCCCUAUCAUUGUGUCAGACUCUGGCAACCCUCCGUUGUCCAACAGGUCUGUCAUCAAAGUGAAGGUUUGUCCUUGCGAUGAAAAUGGAGACUGUACCACACUUGGUGCUGUCGCGGCCGCUGGCCUGGGGACUGGAGCCAUCAUCUUCAUCCUAAUUUGCAUCAUCAUACUGCUGUGCAUGGUGCUGUUGUUUGUGGUAUGGAUCAAGCGCAGGGAGAAAGAGAGGCAGACGAAGCAGUUGCUGAUUGACCCUGAAGAUGACGUCCGAGACAACAUCCUCAAAUACGACGAGGAGGGCGGAGGAGAAGAGGAUCAAGACUACGACUUGAGCCAGCUGCAGCAGCCCGACUCUUUAGAACACAUCAUCAGCAAGCCGCCUGGCGUACGCAGAGUUGACGAGAGGCCCAUCAUCCCAGAGUCUCAGUACCCCAUUAGACCAGUUGUGCCCCAUCCUGGAGACAUUGGAGACUUUAUCCAUGAGGGUCUGCGGGCUGCAGACAACGACCCCACAGCGCCUCCGUAUGAUUCCCUGCUCGUUUUUGACUAUGAGGGCAGCGGCUCCACCGCCGGCUCAGUCAGCUCCCUCAACUCUUCCAGCACAGGAGACCAGGACUAUGACUACCUCAACGACUGGGGACCCCGUUUUAAGAAGUUGGCUGACAUGUAUGGGGGUGGGGAUGACGAUUAAAAAUCCAGCCCUAUCUCUCACAUAUAUACACACACACACCCUCAACCCGUCAGCUGGCCUGCCAAGCUCUGUCUCCACAACACAGUGGGGCUAUUACACCCUUCUUGAACACACGUUAAAGAUGGCAUGUUCACACGGACCAACCAACCAAUCUAACAACCCACCACAGAGGAUCAGUGCCGUGAGUCACUUCCUGGUGCUCUUCUCAACCGGCUCCUGCUCUAAGCCUGUCUAAGACUGUGCUAGAAGCUCUGAUUUGCAGGCUUUGUGUCAUAUCUACUCUCGAACUCAUGCACUUAUUUUGUCACAUCAGUUUUUGAGUUGUACACUUUGAUUAUUUUUUUAUGUCUGGUUUUAUUUCAGUUUCUAUUGCCUUCUUUUUGUCCUCAGUCUCGUUUGAUUCAGAAGAUUCCCUUUUCCGGAGGGAUUUCACUUUUCCCUCUCCGUCAGCCCCCCGCCUGCCCGCCUUUCUGAAGGAGCUUUAGGUUGAGCUACAUGCUUUUUCUGAGGCAAACAAAAGAGAGAGAAAAGGUAACACAGAUAUGAAAGUCCUCUUUACAUGGAGGGUUUUGAUCCAUUCUUUCCUGAACUUGAAUUACUUAGAAUAGAAGCACUGUUGUUUAAAAAAGUGCCUUCAGUGGUGGGUUUCUUUUAGCAGACUCCUGCUAACUCAGGAUUGGUUGCCAUUAUUUGGGCUAACAGGCCGUGACAUGACCCCAGACCCUUUAAUUCAGAUCUCCCUCGUCAUUUCUCCCGUCCGGCAGGGCCGUGGUAUCUGCGGGAGAUGUCAGUGCUGGUUUUAGAGGGCGCUUCAAGUAGACAUACUGUACAUAGGCCUACAGUGUGUCUCUAAGUAACAGACAAAUCAUUAGGCUUUUUCAAGUCAAAUGUACCUGUGCCCCUAGAUCACAUUUAGAUUGACAAUGAUUGCUGAAAUCACAGAUACAUAUGAAGAGGCUGUCUUACAGAAAAAAAAUCAUCAUGUCUUUGUUUCUUGUAGCAACAGCAGCUGUGUUUGUUUUGCUCUCAGUGUGUGAGAGAUUGGGCUCAUUACUAAGCAUAAAGGUUGACAAGCUGUUGUUUCUGCAAUGUUGCUGGGUAUGAAGUGCUUAAAGAGGUUAUUCAGGAGCUUGGCUUUAAGAUCAUCCAAUAUUUGCAUAUGCACUCUUUCAGUCAAAGGUGGUUGAUUACCUUACAAUUUUUGUGAGAAACAUGUUGUGGAAGUAUAAACAUGAAAGUUACAAAUGUUACAAAAGGUACAACACAGCCAUUGCUGUGAUUUUAUCUUAUAAUUAGCUGCACCUUGAGUUACUCUCUAAUUUUACCCAAAUUAGCCCAUAUUGCUUUUCCUAUAACUUUAUGACAUAAACACUGCUACAGAAACUAGAGAUUCAGUGAAAUUGUCCAAUUUUCAGCUUGUGCAGAUGACUUGUGAUCUAAUCAGUCAGAACUCACAGAAAUCUUACUUUUUCAAAUCAGUGAAUGUACCAUAUCAAACCACAGAAGUGGAAACACACUUAAUAUGUGGACGUUGUUACUUUGGAAAGAAGGCUCAAAGUUUGUACCAAUGAGGGUUUAAAAAUGAAAUCAGUGAAAGCACAGUAGGUAUAAAAAUUUAAAAAGGGAAAAGUGUGUUCUAUAAGGAUAUCAGGAUCAACUGUUCUUUCCAGCGACAUGUUAUUUCCUCAGCAUUUCAAAUUUUUGCAGUUUUGUUUUCUUUUAUAUGCAGCUUUUAUGGGUUUAAAACAGUCUGCCACGUUACAUUAUUUCAUAAUGGCCUUGGGGACUUUUAUUGAAUUGCCUAAAGAACAAAUUGAAAUUGGAGCUGAGUACAGCAGACAACAGGAAGGCUAAACAGAGUAAAUCAAAAUGUUCAGUUUCAGCCACAUUGAUUAUAGAUCAUACUGGAUUUGGAAAUGUUGGCUUUUUUGCUAAAUUUAUAAGAUUAAUGUGGGGUUUGACAUUAUCUAGGGGAUACACUUGGGAGUGCUGUUUACAGGUGCAAUCGAUAACUGUUCCAAUUGCGAACUUGAGCUGCUAAAGGACUUUUGAAAUGUCAACUCCCUUAUAAAUUUGUCUUUGUUUUAAAAUCGCAAAACCCAUCUCUCUGACACGAUGUAACAUCUCCUCUGCUUCUAAUAUUUAGUUAUUGAGAAAUCAUGUCACUAAUACUGCUAUGACAGCUCUUACAAAGAUUCUUAAAUCUGCAUUGACAGUUCAUAGCUUUACAAAAAACCCAACAUUGGUGCAUCUCUAACAGAAACUGGGGCAAAUAAGCAGAGCCAAGCAGUCUUAGCACUGUCACAAACCAGCUCUCUUUAGGCAGAGUUCCACUUAUUUAAAAUAUUAGUCUGAAAAUCCUGACAUUAAUUUAAGAGGUUUUACGAAAGGUAGAUUUGUGUGAAGCCCAUGUACUUUAGUAAUGAGACACUUCCUAACACAUUUUCUGUCUGCCAGCUGUCUCUGAGCUUUUGUAAACUUAAUUUGUGGCACAUCAGAAAUGUGUUGUAGAUUGGUUAAACAUAGUUUGCUCAUUAAAGUUUUUGAAUAUGCAAAACAUUUAAAAAAUGGUACAGGGAGAAACUGAUCAUUGAAAAUAUGAUUUGUUCAGGCAGGUUUGUAUUACUGAUAACUCACCAGAAGCAGGUUACAAAGGUCAGUAGGUGUAAAGGAGCAAGCUUUUUUUCUAAUUAUUCCUUUCUUAAUCUGUUCAGUUUUUAUUCAACAAGAUUUAGAUAACAAUCAAACCACUCUAUUUUACAAAAUAUGACAAGGAAGCAGACAUGAGCUCUUUGAGAUGCCUUGAGGAAAAAAUACACUGUUUCACGGUAUCAUAGUAUUUAGACAAAGAUUUAAAACCAAAGUGAUUGAAUUGCUUUUAUUUGAAAAUUUGAAGUGGCUAAUGGUCUUGUUGCUGCAAAAUAACAUACUUCUAGUUACAUUGAUAGUACAAUACCAUAUUUUAUUUUGAUGCAUAGAUUAAACAUUUCAAUAAACAUGAAAUUAUUUUACUAGCCGUUUUUAGAUAAUCGACUUAUUGCACAGAGUGUUAUAAAUUGUUGCUCUUUUUAGAUGAACAGAAAUGUAAAACAGCUGAUAUUAGCUUCUUAAUUGGUUGGGCUAUCUGACUGGUUAAAGUGUAAAAUUGACUGUUUAGGUUAUUGCUGCUCAUAAUUUGUGAACUGUAGUUUAAAAACAGUGUUAUUUUAUUAAAAGCGAUGGGUGGUACUUCAUAGUUUCUUGUACUAUGAUUUGUUUUUUGUGUGACUGGAAAUCUAUACAAAGAGUUGACAUUUUAUUUGUUUUAAACAAGGGAAAAGGAUAGUAGCUGUUAUUCAGCCAGCUUCCCAGCAACAGGUGGAGGAGAGAGUAAACAAGGAAACAGGACUCUGGUCACUUCCUCUCUCAUCUAUUUUAAAGGACCUUGAAGUAUAAACAGUAUAACAGAUCCUUUUAGCAGCUUUGAAACUGUUGCUUUUUAAACCCUUGUCAAACCUUGAUAGCAGUAACCAGUAUGUAAAUUGAGUGAAAAUAGACUGGUAAAAAAAUGGAAAUGUUUGGCUGUAGAUACAAGUAGAAUAGAAAGUGGUGUGCAUCAUUUGAUUUAAAAAAACGAAAGGAGCAACCAAUCCAGUGUAAAUAAACAGGUCAACAGGGUCAAUUUGGUUCGGUUGGCAGAUUGAUAAGUAUGAAUUGCUGCUUAUACAAUCUAGGAACGUUGAUCAUCAGGAUAGCCGCCAGCUCAGAUAUGAAAACGGAGUGGUUUCCACAGCUCACUGCUAGAUAAGCUCUUAUCUGUGUGACUACCUUUUAGCCUGAAGAAUAUCCCACAAAAUAAACACAGCUGUUAGUUCCUAUUUGUGAUUCUUUCUGACGCAUAAAUGUUGUAAAUAUAGAAUCUUUUUAUACAUGUGGCAACAUUAGUUUUUCUGUGCAGUCUUUUUUUCCCCACUAUAGUUUGGUUCCAAAUGAAUACUUGGCAAAUUAUAUUUCACAAAAAGCCAUGUGCAUUUACUAGAAUUUGUAUAAAUCUGUACGGGCUGACAGCCAUAAUUGUAUUGCUUCAUCGUGGCGAGAGGGUUUCCACUCCAAACCAACCUGUACAGUACACACUCACUCCUCUAGGCCUUACUGUAAAUAUAAGAGUGUUCUAUAUUAUAUAACCCCAUUCCGCAGUGUUUCAAUUCACUCAAAGAGCAGCACUAAGACUGAUGGCCAUCCUGUCUCCAAAGAAAGAAGAAAUAUCAUAGAUGUGAUGCUCUGUAAUCAGACAUUCAAAUCCGAUUCUGGGACAAACAGAUGUUGGCAGCCAACCUUCAUAGACUGUGUUACAUAUGAAGACAUGACGCUUUGUUGUAGUGAUACUGAAUGUUGGUUUGGCAGCAAGGCACCAGUGCAUAGACUGAAACUUGACCCCCAGUGAUCUUCAAAAUAUUGGUUAUUUCCUGUUGAAGUCGUGGUCCAUUUGUUGUGUUGACAUUCUCUUGCUAAUAUAAAGGGGAAAUUAACAAAUGAAAACCAAGAGGGAACUGCACUGCCAAAGUUCAACCCUGAGUUCAGUCUGACACUUGGGGUUACUCAAAGAACACCCGGUCACUGCAGGAUAAAGACCUGGACUCUUUAUCACCAUGGACGCAGACCUGAAGGGAGAUUCUAAAAGAUGCCAAACUUUUGUUCUGCUAUGGAUUGAAGCCCAAACAUGGGCAGCAGGCUCUCAUACGAGUCCUCCUGCUUUUCAAGUCCAAGUGUACAUAAUGUAAUAUUUGCUUGAAGCUAAACAGACCAUGUUAGGCAAGCUGUAACUGUACAAUUGGAGCUUUUUGCAUGUGUCUUUUUAUAAUGGGCAGAUGAGUUCUACUGCAGUUAUCAUGAACGAAUUCAAAAACUGUGCAGCCUGCAUGAGAGAGGCUGGAGUCCAGAUGGGACUCUGGUGUACACAUAUUGUUUCAAAUGAAGGAGAAAGAAAAAAAAAGCAGAAAAAAUAUUGCACAGGUAUCAAGUCAAAAGACUUUUUUGUAAAUUGCCAACAGCACAAAUAUUUUAUAUUGUUGUUUGUACCUUUUUUUUAAAAAAGAAAAGGAAAAAAAAAGGGAAAGAGUCUGUUAUUUCAAGCGUGUGUUGCCACUGCGACGUUGGUUUCCAGAAACACCAUACAAUACAUUCUCUUGCAGAUAAACCUUGUAAUAUAGACGCUGAGCCAGAGUCCCUAUCAGCAUCAUGUGUUAUAAAUAAAAAUUUCCCCUCCUUGUAAGA